AUGACGUCUUCGUUGCCGCCGGUGAUAAACUUCGCAGCUGGGCCUUCGAAACUGCCGGAAGAGGUCAAGUCAUCUGUCAACUCGACGCAUAUUGUCAACUUAGAAAACGGGCAUUGUUCUUCAUCAGCAAAUUUUAUAUUUCCAAACCCGAAUCAACAGGUGAUUGCCAACAUCGCCGCAGAACUGGAAAGUUAUCAAGGGAAAGGAAUCAGCAUAUUGUGCAUGAGUCACCGGUCUGCAGAUUUUCUCAAAAUCAUCAACAAGGCUCAAGAAAUCCUCAAACAACUUCUGGGUAUCCCGGACAAUUACAAGAUACUGUUCCUCCAGGGCGGCGGUACGGGCCAGUUUUCGGCGGUACCCAUGAACCUUUUGCGGACGGGUACAGCAGACUACGUUGUCACUGGUACUUGGUCUGACAAGGCAUCCAAGGAGGCCAAGAAGUACAUGCACCAAGUGAACCUGGUUGCGCCUAAACCACAAACAUUCACCUCGAUUCCUGAUAGAGUUAAUUGGAAGCUCACAGAUGGCGCUGACUAUCUGUACUACUGCGCCAAUGAAACUGUUCACGGUGUCGAGUUCCAUGAAACACCGUUGUGUCCGGACGACGUCACUCUGGUCUCCGACAUGUCAUCAAACUUCUUGUCACGGCAAAUCGACGUGUCGAAGUACGGAUUGAUUUUUGCGGGGGCUCAAAAGAAUGUCGGACCUGCCGGGGUUGUUGUGGCAAUUAUCCGAGAAGAUUUGCUCAAGAACGAGUUGAAGAAUCCGCAAACCCCGCUCGUGUUGGAUUAUGCUGAUCAGGCCAAGAAUAAUUCCGUUGCCAAUACUCCCUGCACUUUUGGGAUAUACGCCCUGGAGCUGGUCCUGGAGUGGAUCCUGAACCAGGGCGGCCUGGAGGAGAUGGAGCGGCGGUCGCGGGAGAAGGCGGCGCUGAUUUACGACGUCAUCGACGCGUCGGCGGGUUUCUACUCGAACCCAGUGGCGCCCCUUUGCCGCAGCCGCUACUUGUAA